CAGCUAUUGGCAGAUCAUUUCCAACAUUUAGCAAAUGAAACCACGUGCAAGCCUCUGUUCGCUCCAAUCAAUUGAUGUAAACUGAGCGAAGCGGACCUUUGUGGGAGCAAUUGCGUUUCCGUGGCGCGGAGGUAGAUCUCUAUUAGUGAGUGUGGAGGCCACUGAAUUUGUGGUGAAAGCGGAAUAAUACGGUCAUUUAAAUAGUAGGGAAACGGAUAUUACCGGGCGCGUCUAAUUAAUCAGCUGUUUUAUGCUUAUUUGGCAACACACGGAUUAGACUGUGCAUAGUAAAUUGCGUUUUAUAUAAAAAAGAACCUAUUUUUACCUGGAUGCACGGAGUAUUAUGCGCUUUCUUUUCUCGUUGGACUGUAAAUUACGCAUGGUCGAUAUUUUUGCUAAUAGUUGGACGUCUACUUAUUGCUUUCGUCUUUUAAUGACUUGUGACUCAAUGAAAACUAUAUUUUGAAACUGACAUUUUUUGUAGACCAUCCAGGAUUUAUUCGCCUUUAAAUGAGAUACUCUCCCAUCGCCAAUGCCACAAAACUGCGUCUUUUUCUACGAACCAAGAGCUGUAAAGAAACGCAAGACCCCAUCUCUGUGAAUACUGCGAGUGCUGCAUCAUCUCAUUCAAUUUGCUGUCAGCCAAGAGAGGGGCGACAAUAACUUUGAGCGGUUAUUGUGUCACAUUUCCUUCAGUCUCCGCAUCAUUUUCCACAGAUUCGAAGCGGGCAGCUGUUGCAACACACGCAGUGAAAAUCCAAGACUAACAAAGGAAAACUGAAGCCAAGACGAAGAGCCAUCAGCCUGGAUGAAAUCGACUGGAGUCCUGGCCAGGAAUACAAGUCGUCUUCUUUUCUAAAGCAGAUGAACUAUCACUGUUUUUGUGAGCCAGGGGCUUUUUGAAAGGUUGUUGAUUUGCACAGAUUGAAGAUUUUCUCUUUGACUUUUUGCUACCAAAACCAGUGCCAAACACUAACCGUGCCAACCAGAAGCAAGAAAUUAUUUCACUAGUAUUUUUGCAGUUUUAUUGAUCCAUUUAAGCCAUUGAAACUCAAUUUUCACCGACAUUAGUUCACAACUUCUACCUUACCUUCACUAUUAGUCUUUUUUACUAUAAUAGCAUGUAACGGUUCCCAAGGUGGAAAGUUUAUAUGUGCAUCAUUUAAUUUAAUUCAAAAACAACAAGCAGCUUUCACUCCCCAAAAUAGGGAAAACAGUGCAUUAUUGGUUAAACAUGCUUUAUGUAAGAGUGGCCGUUACGAAUGCAUUAGCCUGAGAGAGUUUGGCUCCUGAUCGAUUGAUCGAUGGAUGGACGGGCUUAUGGAUGGCUGGCACAAGCCUCAUUAAACUUUCCAAAGUGAGCUGCUGCUAAUUCUGUUGAUUAGUCGUCCGUUCCUCUCACUAAGGCCCGUUUAACUCAUCCUCUCCAUCAGAUCUCUUUAGUCAUCCAUCUCGUUUGCUCCUCCCUCCUCUACAGACUCUGCACAUUUAGAGCAGAACCCUCAGAAGUCUCUGAAGGGUUUAAAUACUGAAGCCAUACGUCUCAUAGCCAUACUAACGUCAAGAUCCCUGCCAUCACUGCAAGGAUUCAGCUUGGUCAUUCGGGAAGAGCGGGUGCAUGGGUAUAUUCAGGAAUAUUUUUAGAGGUGUGCAUGUUCAAUGGUGGUCCAGGUUUGACGUUCCGUAAUCUGCCAUAUUCACCAGCGAGCCAUUGACGCGUUUACUGUGUUGACAGUGGGACGACGUUUGAAGUUGUCCCUCUACUUGAAAAGACGCUCUUUAACACUUAGGAUAGGUCUUUUGGUGCGUUUACUUGACGAUCUCCACGUGUUCCACAUUGACGGAUGAAUCCUGACUUGUUCAUGCCUGUUCAGUGGGCUCAACCAUGCUGUCCUGCCAGAACUGGGCCCAAGCCCCCGUUUGUUUUAUUCUGUUGGGUUGAGCUAAAUCCAGAGCAGAGACACUCACGCAAGAGGGUCCAACACACAUAGACCCUCAAACUUUACCUAGACUCAGUCCAUCCUUCCAUUUCCUCUCUUCCUUUCCUGAACACUUCUUCCUUUCUGGCCUGACGUGUCAUCAAACCAGGAACUAAUAUAUACCUGCUGCUUGUUAUACUUCGUGAGUGCCCUAACCGACCUACACUCUUCCAAAGCCUUCGUAAUGAGCCUUUGUCCCGUGGUGCCGCCUUUAGAGAAAAGAUCAGCUCUUCCCCAUUUCUGAACUCUUUAAAGUUGCUCGUUCUUCGCUUCGUCCUACCUUUAUCCCCUAGCCUCAAUGACUUCCUCCUGAAACUCGAAAAGAUGAAGUACUUAGUAUUUUUCUUGAGAACUGACACUGUUAGCCUGAUUAUGUGGACUGUACAACAGAACCUCAAUGACCUUGAAAGGUACUCUUGUUAGUCUCACAAGACAUUCUCAUUGACGAUUAAAGCCUAAAGCGGCAACCAACUGAGAUUUGUUUACAAGACGACAUCAGUUCUUGGAGCUGAGGAUGACAAUUGUUUACAAGUCACACGGAAUAGCUGAGUACUAGUAACUGUUUCUUUCUAUAUGGUUGUUUAGUGAGUCGACAACUGAAGUGCCAACCAGAAUAGAAAACAUUUGGUUUACACUCGAACAGAAAUGUUUACAUGUUGCCCAUAAGGUAAACUCAGAUUGAGUCUUGAAUGAAUUGUUAGUGCCAUAGAUCAGUUCAGUUACGCAGACUUAAACAAAACCACCUUUAAGAAGAAGCUGUACCCAUGACUUUGUGACACUUUAAAAGGUUUACAUUGGUAAAAUAUACAUUUUGUUUACAGGACUAAAUUGCUUGCAACAAAAGAGUCAAAUAUUUGUUCAUUUCAUCUCGCAUUUGAGUCAUUUUCAUAUUUUUAAAGCUGUUGUUUUAUAGAAUUUGCUCAUUGAGAUAAUUCCAAAUAUUUAAUUUUGUGCCAAAUCACCCAUUAAGCAUAAAACUUGUAUAUAGAUUUACCUCAUUCUAGUUAAUAAUUUCCUCAGAAAUUUGUUUACACCCUAACAGAGAGUCUCAUGCUUAUUUUCUUUAACCCAAACUCCCGCACUUGGAUGUGCACUUUGCAUAUUAAAUAAUUUGCAUACUAGUGUAUGCACCCGUGAAAGAGAGAUUAGACUUGUCUACAUGUCUUAUAUAUUGCCACACUGACUUGCAACUUUUGAUAGACGUCAGCUUUUUGUAGGCCUCGGAAGUCUUUUGUACGAAGGCUUCACAUUUUUUUCAUCUUUGAUAAAAUAAACGCCCAUUGUAUCAAGAUGCCACCCGCUGCCAUCUUGCUUUUCUUCCUGUUUGGCCCUGUGGUCUCCACAGUGACUAUUACCUCGGAGCGCUCCUCCGUGAACGGGGGUCCGGUGCUGCUUCUGUUGCGAGGACGCGGCCGCAAGUUCCCUCAGCCCGAUGCGAGGGGCAAGGAGGCAGCAGCCAUGGCGGCAGAGCCAGAGGCAGCCGAGGUCCCUCCGAGACCCCUGCCGCAGAUUAUGCUACCCCGCAAUGUGACGGCCGAUGCCCUGAAGCCCCCGCUGGGCGCUGCACAGGUGGCCCCUCCUCCUCGGCGCCUGGUGGACGUGGACGUGUGUCAGGGCUACUACGAUGUGAUGGGACAGUUCGACAACACUUUCAACUGCACCAAGGGCACCUACAUCUACUGCUGCGGCACCUGUCAUUAUCGCUUCUGCUGCGAGCACCAGCGUAGCCGUCUAGACCAAGACUCCUGCACUAAUUACCGCUCACCCGACUGGGCCGUCACGGCGGGACCCAUCACCCAGCCCCCGGUCCGACACGACCCAGAUUUCGACCCACUGCAGCAACAGAGCAACAACACGGCUUACGUCAUCGGGGGAGUCAUCUCGUUUACCAUGGCCGUGGCCAUUGGGGUUAAAGUGGCCUUCCAUAAACUGUCUCGACGACCGAGGAACAGAGACAUCAACAUGCCUAGAGCGCUGGUGGACAUUCUGCGUCACCAGUCCAGUCCAGUCCAGCAAGGAGAGAGGAACAACAGCACGGUCCUCACAACCGCCACUUCCAGUGAGGGAACACUGGGGCGUACGUCGAAAAACUUCUACACUCCCGUCCUCCAGAGCAAAGACAACCGGACUGGGAAACACAGUUUUGGCCAGACUGGGUCCAGUCCUAAACACACAGCUACUAUCGAGCGAGUUCCACGCAUGAACAACACCCAGCUGGCCUCAACAGGAACACUGCUGUCCAGCAAGCACAAUAAUUCUGGAUUUCACCCCUCCUUCUCUCACUCCUUCCACAACCUUGCCCAGCUACCACCAUCAUACGAGACCGUCAUGAAACCAGAGCUCAACCGCUACAGCUCCCUCAAGAGACUAGAGAAAAACUUGGAGGAAUAUUCUGGAUAUUAUACCUCCAAACGAAGGCCAGAUAAUGCUCCUCCCAGCUUUCACUCCUCCCAGCACCACCUUCCCUGGGGUGGUGACUUCACACUGGGUACCCGGGGUACCCUCCCGCUAAAUACGUCCCGCACGCGUAUCCACAUGCCCACUUCCACCCCCAACCCCUACCCUCUACCCCAGACGCAGUACAACCCCACGUUCGACACGAUGAGUAAACCACCUCGCCGGGUGAUGUCCCAAGACCAGCUUCUGGCGCUGGGGGAGGGGAACACUCUCUCACGCCUCUCCAAGAACCAGCAGCAUCAGUACUACAAACCCAUGACCACCAGCAAGAGCUCCAACACCCAGACUUUACGCAAGUCUCAUGAACGCCUCCUGGUCUCUCCAGACCGCCUGGAGGAGCGAAUGAUGGUUGAUUACAGUGGGAUGGUGCCCACCAUGUCUCGUCUCACGCACCACCAGAAAGCGCAAUCCCAGCAGAACGUGUGCGUGACGCCUUCGCUCGACCGCCAUCACAUGAUAAAAAUGAAUUCGCACCCUACCUCCGGCCGCGAGCAAGACCACACGGUCGCCACCAUGUCCUCCGGCCAUGGGGCCGGGACUUUGGGAUGGGGGGAGGUCCACGGCUCCGGAGGAGGACCCGGAGCGAUGGCGCACAGUGCUCGCCGGAUGGCCUUUGCGACGAAACGCCAGAACACCAUCGAACAGCUGCAUUUCCUUCCCGGAGGAGGUGGGGGAGGGGGCGCAGGGGGUGGUGGAGGUCAGGCGCUGAGGACGGGGAGCAAGAACGAAGUAACCGUGUGAGCGCAAAAAGAAAGAUGGUAAGGAGACGAUGGAUAGAUGAGGUGUGAUUGCGCAAGCUGAAGGGAGAGAAGACGGUGGAGUGUAAAGAAGGCUGAAGAAAGGAAAGGAGGAAGGAAAUAAGAAAGGGGUCAGAAAUCACGCCAAAUGAAUGCAAUACACAGUGUAUUGCUAUUGAGAGAAGGAGGGAUGCAAAAACCAUAGCAUAAGUGAUUCUGUUGAUCCCUAAAUUGCCAAAUUCUCCAUAAAUUGAAAUGUGAAGAAGGGCCCAGGUCUCCUCUGACCUGUGAGUAGCAUAUAGUGUCUCGAUGGCACUAUUUAGACAUGAUCUGAGGAGAUGCAAAAAAGAAAAGUUUCAUUACUAGAAUAGGCCAAGUUUUCUCUAUUUAGUACAUUCCAACUGAUGUAAAAGCCAAUUGGUUUAGGGGUUCAUUUGUUUUUCCUGAAUCCAAUGAUACAGUUGACCUUGCCUCCAAAUGUUUGGUUUCAUUCAAUGCAAAGUGUUAUUCUCAAAGAAGUGUAUCACAAUCAUCAUUAAAAUAAGGGAAAAAUGAGAUAAUCUGGAUGAAACUGACAAGUGUCCAAUAGUACACUGAAUUACCUCACGGAAACUGUGAUCUGACCUGUCUCAAAUCAGAUCUGACUUGACUUGGGAAUGGAUUAUUGUGCACGUUAAGCAGUUUGCCAUCAAGUGAAGAAAACACUGGUUAUUCAUCAAAGAGAAGAACUCGAGGACUUGAAAAAUGUCACUCGUUUUGUGACCUGACUCUUUAGUCUGCACUGUUAAUAUUAGUCCAAAUGCCAUCAGCCAUAUUAGAGCUUAUUCAUAUGGAGUAUAAUGGAGGAAAACAUCGUCAUUGGGAGACGGGUGUUAUACUGAUGAUCAGAGAUUUUUAGCCUCUUAUACUGAGACUGUGAAUCAAAGCUGACAUGAAUACUUGUCGGUUUGAUUUUUUUGCAUUGUGGAUACAAUUUUGGCUGUUUUAUAAUAUGAUCAAAAGGCUGUCAGAUUGAUGGGGAAAUCAAGUCUGAACUAAAAAUGCUUGAGCAGACAGACGUUUGGAAACUGAAUUCAGCCAUUGAAAUCUGAUAGAAGUCAUGCCUCUUUCUUGCAUGUUUGACCAAUCAGAGAACAGCUUCACAUGACGUCCUGGAGUCAUUACGGUUGUUCUGUUAUUUAUAAGCGUUAAGAGCUGAGAUUUAAUCAUGGGCAUGCAGUAAUGUCAAAUAAGACAGCAUACUCUUCACACUUAAUUUGCUACUCGAGCUGUUGUAUUGAGGGGGAAAGGGUUGGUUAUACAAUGGACAAUUUAAUCCAAGGGCUAUUCUGAAACUUCUUCAUUUGUGUCUGUGCUUCCGUGUUCUGACGGCUUUUUAUCUUUUCCCGUGACACAGCUGUGUGGAACAUAGAGGCUAUGUGCCAAUGAGUGUACAAAACAGAAAAAUAGAACAAAAUCUGCAAAGCUACUUCAAACACUCUGUGUCACUCUAGGAUGCAUUAUUAUCUAACCGAUGAGUUAGGAUUUAGGAUUAAAAGGUGUCUUGUUUAUCUAUACUAUAUUCAAGAAAAAUGUCUUUUUGUUAGCAAUUUCUGUGUUUUUCAGCUGUCUCCACAUCAAAUGGACACUGUUGUGGUGGAAUGUCUGAGAACGACCUGGCUGAGCAAGAUUAUUGGGCCAUAAUAUAGUAUUUUAGAUCACUCUGCAAUGUUUAAGCUUUUAUUAACUUUAACUCAAUUUAAACACGUUGAAAAAAGGUAAAAAAAAAAAAAAAAUUGAAUUAAAUCCCGAAUGUUCAAAUAUGUACACAUGCCAAUUUAUGUGCAUAUAGUCAUCAAUAUUAUUCAUAUUCUUGAUUACAAACAUUGUUUUGUUUUUUUCUUUGUGACUUUAGAAAUUGUUUUUAUUCCUGUUUUCUGUUAUAUUUGAGUUUCUAGUGGAUUCUAACCUUUGUAACUCUACAAAAAAGCAGAUGCAAUCAUAGUGAAAAGACAAAACGCAUGAAGAUGUCAAAGCCAGUGUUGAUGAUGUCAUAUUGCUGACUUCUGAUGUCAAGGUGUGUAUGUGUCCAGUUUGUGUGUCGUUAUUUGUGUGCUUGUGUGUAUUUCAGUGUCUAUUUUGGAAUGCUUUAUCUCGCAUUUUAUCUGACUUUUGCUUUGUGUGAAGUCAGAGAAUGUGCAUUUCAGAAAACCCAAAAUAUAAUUUUAUUUUUAAGUGAGUGUCUCUUUGAAUGCAAAAAAAUAAAUAAAUAAAAUAAAAAAAAAUAAAAAAUCAUUUUCCAUUGCUGCAUUCACCAAAGUUAUGGAAAACAAAAUAACCACAAGAGUAUUUAGUGUCUUUUUAAAAGAUAUAAAUGUUUUUUUUGUUUGUUUGUUUGUUUUUUCAUGAGAUACAUAAAACUUGUAAAUUUUCUGGGGGAAAAUGCCAAAAUGCCAUGCAUAAAAUAUUUACAGCAAAAACUUUAAUUAUUAUUAUUUUUAAAUAAAAUCCUCACCAUUAAGAAAGACGUUUCCUGGAGAUUGAUGUGUACUUUUUCUCAUGAGUUAUUAAAUAUGUUGGUUGGUUUUACAUGUUUAUAUGUUUUUUGGAUGAUAUUAUGUGCUGAGUAUUUUGAUCUUUAGAUUAAUUGUUUGUUUACAUUGGGUAAAACAGCCAGUGGUCUGUUAAACAGAUGCAACGCAUUUAGCUACUUUUGACAGCUAUAUGACUUAGGAUCAGUUUGGAUUAGAAUGUGUGGAUGGUUUAUGUUACAAUGAAAGAGAGAGAGAGAGAAUAAUGUAGUGGCUGAUGUAUUGUCUAAAGGUUCAAAGUGGGUUCCACACAUUUACAUAGGCCUAC